CAGAAGUAGAGGAGUUGAAAGCUUUUUAUAAAAAUACAAGCAAUCAAAUAUUCUUUUCAGUACAUAUAUAAGAAGUACUUUUCGAAAAAGCCUUAAACCUUAAAAACCUAACUUUAUUUAUAAGCUGAACUUAGCAUUCAUUGGAAGCCUAUAUAUAGAGUGUUAAAAAAAGUUUUCCGAUAUUAAUUUCGUGUUAACUUAUGUAUAAAUCUUUCGCGACUAUGUGACAUUUUUCGUGGGAGAAAAGGUGUAUUAAAAUAAUACAAUUUUAAAACUUAUCGUUGUAAAUGAAUUAAUACAACAUGCCGCGUGGCAACAAUGCCACUUACUCGGAUAAUUCCUCAAUCAAAAUAAAACCAUUCAUUAUUUUGAUCUUAAAUUUUAACAUAUGCCUUCAGCAAAUUAAUGCAUCUUCAUUUUUAAAUUUCAACGAUUUGACCAGUUCUGAUAAACCUUAUUUUGAUGAUAUAAGCCCAAGAAACGUGUCUGCUGUUGUUGACGAAAUUGCAAUUUUGAGAUGUCGUGUCAAAAAUAAAGGAAAUCGCACUGUAUCAUGGAUGCGUAAGCGCGAUCUUCACAUUCUUACAACAAAUAUAUAUACGUACACUGGUGAUCAACGAUUUUCUGUAAUACAUCCGCCUAGCAGUGAAGAUUGGGACUUAAAGAUAGAUUAUGCUCAGCCCCGUGAUAGCGGCGUAUACGAGUGUCAAGUGAAUACCGAGCCAAAAAUAAAUUUACCAAUAGUUUUGGAAAUAACAGCUGAUAAUGACUUUCACGAUUUAAAAACGGAAAAAAAGUUUUACGAUUUAAAAGCAGCUAGAGCUAAAAUUCUCGGAUCUACUGAAAUCCAUGUUAAACGGGAUAGCACAAUUGCCCUGGCUUGCUCAGUGAAUAUGCAUGCAUCAUCCGUAAUUUGGUAUCAUGGUUCUUCAAUCAUAGACUUUGAUUCACUUCGCGGUGGAAUAAGUUUAGAAACAGAAAAAACUGAAAUAGGAACCACCAGUCGAUUGAUGCUAACUCGGGCGUCAUUACGGGACUCUGGAAACUAUACUUGCGUUCCGAACGGAGCCAUACCAGCCUCCGUUAGGGUUCAUGUAUUAACUGGUGAGCAGCCUGCAGCAAUGCAAACUAGUGCUGCCAUUGGCAAUAGGGCUUACACUGCAAUGAUAACUAUCAUAUCAGUAAAAGUAUUGUUAUAUAUUUCAAGUCUUAAGGAGCAUAUGUAUCGAAGAGAGAGAUGACUAACUAAUACAAUUUCAUAAUAUUACUUGAUUAGCUUUAAGAUCACAGCGUGUUCCAAAGGACCCCUUGUAACACAAGCUAUAUUAAAUACAAAAAUUAAAUGUAAUUCCUAUAGUCAUAUGAAAUAAAUAACUUUAAUAAAUAUUCAUGUAUUAUGUAUA